UGCUGUAUCCCAUGAUUAGUGUUCUCCUCUCACAAUAAAUUCUUGGAGUACUGGAGUUGGUUAAUUGGGUUUUGUUGGGUUUUUGUGUCUUAGGGUCAACAUACUAAGAUUGAAUAUUUUUGCUUUUUCCUCUUCAUUUGUUGCUGUUCUCUAGUCUCCUCUUAUACUUAAAGUUGAGUUACAAGCUUAAAGCACUGGCUAAUGAGCCUGAACAUCUUCCUGAUGUAAUUUUGUUUGGUAUCAUCUUUUUCUUAAUUCAUUCCUGCUUUUGUUCCUUGGGCCUUGUAUCACAAGGAAGAGAGAGAGACUUUGUCAAUAUGUUAGCAAUAAAAUUACUGAGGCAUAUGGCAAAACAAGUGACAACACUUGUGGCUGUCAUGUCCUGUGACUGCAAUGAUUUGAGGGAGAAGAAAAUAUGAAGAAUCUUCGGUAGACCAAUGUGUUUUAUGCUCAUGAAAGCAUAAAUGUUUUCAUUUUUAACAGCAUUUGGGCCUGCAAUUUCCAUGCAGAUCCUGAUAUUGAUAUCUGUGAUUUUGUUGGGGGCUACAGGCUUGAUACAGAAACUCUGCUUUGGACAAGGGGAAAAAGAGGAUGAACAGAUAGUUGCAGAAAUCAUGAGGAGGCGGUUUUUUCCUGCUCUUAUAACUCAUGAGACCUGGGAAGGCUUUCACUUUGCUGGCCAAGAGAUAAGAAUUACAGAAGCCACUGAUUGUUAUGGGGCAGUCGUCUGGCCAUCGGCUCUUGUUCUGUGUUAUUUUUUGGAAACUAAUUCUAAACAAUACAAUUUGGUUGACAAAAAUGUGAUUGAAAUUGGAGCUGGAACUGGGUUGGUCUCCAUAGUAGCCAGCUUACUGGGUGCCCUUGUGACUGCCACAGAUUUGCCAGAAUUACUGGGAAACCUUCAGCACAAUGUUCUCCGUAAUACAAAGCUGAAAAGCAAGCACCAGCCUUGUGUUAAGGAAUUGUCUUGGGGAAUUGAUCUGGAAAAGAACUUUCCUAGGUCUUCCUGUCAUUUUGACUACAUUAUGGCUGCUGAUGUAGUUUACCACCAUCCGUUCCUGGAUGAACUCCUCCUAACUUUUGAUCAUUUGUGCAAGAAUGAUACUAUUAUUCUGUGGGCUAUGAAAUUUAGGUUGGAGAAAGAGAACAAAUUUGUGGACAGAUUUCAGACCCUGUUUGACUUAGAGAUGAUUUCUAAUUUCCCCAGUUUGAACAUAGCCUUGUAUAAAGCAAUGAGGAAAGACAGCAUGAAAGCCAGCCUUCCAAACUGAUGGUCUGAAAGUGACAGUUUCAGCUGUUCUGUAGCUUGUUCUCUUUUUAAUAAUUUCCAUGUUAGUAGCUGCUAACAUCUAUGUGAAUCACAGUUUUAGAGGUAGCUAAAACAAAGCAUCUGAUUCCUAGUACCUCCCUAAUAAAUUGCUAAAUUCAAUUUACUGAUAGUUUUAUACACAGAAGAGAUGUACUUUUGACAUUUUCAUGACUUUUAUGUGCUAAGAUGACAACUCUAAUAAGUUUCACUGGUCUUACCACUAUUGUUAUGGGUCAUGUAAUGAAUAUUUCCAAAAUAUUUCAGUUACAGCUUUGAGUGGUGUCUUAUAUGAUCAACCAAUCAUUUAAAACUCAAGACUGUCAUGAAUCUUUGCAUUUAAAAGUUGAGGUGUUAAAUAUGAUCUUUUCCCAUUCUCACGAUCAUGUUAAUCCUUCCUUAGAACACCCUUAAUAGGAUGUCAAAUUAACUGAAAAAAACCUUACUACUAUAUUGUCAUAAUACAGGGAUAGAAUAUAUUAGUUACCCUUUGAUUUAAUAAUUAUGCUUUCAUUUUUU